AUGGUUUUAGAAAAGGAGGUUUCUCAGAGAUUUGAUCAUGUUGACAGAGAGAUUCGAGAGCUCAAAGGGAUGGUGGCCUCUCUCUGCAACAACUUCUCUACCCUCAGCACUACUUUUAGCUUUGAGGACUUACUCUCUAAUCCACCAUCUCCUCCUCAUCAUAAGCCUGCACCUCCUACCUCUGCUAUACCCACUUCUCUAAUUUUCACUUCACCAUCUGUACCCCCUACCUCUCCCACUCCUCCUUUAGCCCUUAUUACUUUUCCCCAACCAGUCCCUUCUCUGCAUUUUCCACCAUUCUGUCCACUUUCUCACCUUUCACCUCUUCCUAUUCCACUACCCAUGCCUACUGUUUCUACUCCUUCCCCUUCUUCAUCUGAUGCUGACAAAAAGGGGGAGAAAGAUUCUGAUGUUUAG